AACGGAAAUGCUGACACCAGUGAUCAGGCAGAUACUGACACAACAAAAAAUCAGAAUGGAAAUGCUGACACCGGUAAACAUGUAGAUGAUGACACUACAAAAAAUAAGAACGGAAAUGCUGACACCGGUAAACAUGCAAAUGAUGACACUACAAAAAAUCAGAACGGAAAUGCUGACGCCGGUAAAAAUGUAGAUGAUGACACUACAAAAAAUAAGAACGGAAAUGCUGACACCGGUAAACAUGUAGAUGAUGACACUACAAAAAAUCAGAACGGAAAUGCUGACACCAGUGAUCAGGCAGAUACUGACACAACAAAAAAACAGAACAAAAAAGCUGACUCCAAUCCAGAAACUACUGCUACCAGUGAUCCGUUAGAUAUUACCACGGAAAUACCAUCUACAAAAACAAAUAAACAGAAAGAAAAAGCUGAUUCAGCAACAACAAUUGACUCUGAUCCAGAAAUUACUGCCGUCAGUGGACAUAAAGUAAAUCCUAAUCCAGAACCCAUUGCACCCAGUGAUCCGUUAAAUACUGCCGCAGAAAUACCAUCUACAACAACAAAAAAUCAGAAAGAAAAAGCUGAUUCAGUAACAAUUGAUUCUAAUUCAGAAACUACUGCCGCAGAAAUACCAUCUACAACAAAAAAACAGAACGACAGAAACGCUGAUACAGCAACAACUAUUGAUUCUAGUCCAGUAACUACCGCUGCCAGUGAUCGAGUUAUCGCUGCCGCAGAAAUACCAUCUACAACAACAAAAAAACAGAACGGAAAAGCUGGUUCAAUGACAACCUUUGAUUCCAAUUCAAUAACUACCACUGCCAGUGAUCCGGAAUAUGCUGCCGCAGAAAUACCAUCUACAAAAACAAAAAAACAGACAACCAUUGAUUCCAAUUCAAUAACUACCACUGCCAGUGAUCCGGAAGAUGUUGCCACAGAAAUACCAUCUACAACAUCAAAAAAACAAAACGGAAAAGCUGGUUCAGUAACAACUGUUGAUUCUAAUCCAAUAACUACCACCGUCAGUGAUCCGGUAGAUGCUACCACAGAAAUACCUUCUACGACAAAAGAACAGAAUGGAAACGUUGAUUCAGUAUCUGCCUGA